AGAGGAAGACACAGCCACAGCUUAAGCCACUACAGAACCGACUGUAGCUUUUGUCUCACCUCUGCAGCGAAAUGGACAAGUUUAAAACCAUCCUCAACAUCGCCAACAAGCAGACCAGCCUCAGCUUCGGCCUGGUCGCGUUACUCACUGCAGGAAGUGAACAGAUUUUCUCCAGUGUGGUUUUCCAAUGCCCCUGCAACCAACUCAACUUCUUGUACGGCUUUGUGUUUUUGCUUGUUCCUGCUUUGGCGUUGAUCACUCUUGGUUUUAUUUUGUCCAAGAAAACAUGGAAAUUGGUGACGGGUUUGUGUCGAAGAGAGGAGAAAGUGUGUGGCAGCUGCAGUAGAGUGAAGUCUCUUAUAAAUGUGAUCUUUCAGAUUUCGACGUUUGCGUUCCUGGCUCCGAGCACCUGGAUUGCAGUGGCUCUUCUGAAUGGGGUCUUCAUCGAGUGUGCCAUGACGGGGACCAACAUGACGCUGUUUAAUGAUCAUUUGUGCAAAGGGAGGGAGAUGGAGGCGGACUGUUUAAAGGAGCUACACACAUUCCCCUGUGAAAUAGUUGGAAAAGUGCCUAAAGACGAGAGAGACGAGGUGCUCCUCACGCUCAAAGCAGAGUCACAGGUUUGUGGUGAUGAUUUUGCUUUGUCCAGGCUUUAGAAAACUGCUUUUGGUUCUUUAUGACAAGUCCAUGAAGUGUGAGUGUAAUAUUUAUCAAACUAAUUACUUUCUGUUGGUCCAAAACAGUAUUUUUGUAUAGUGUAUAGUAAGGUUGUCCCUAUCUGAUCACUGCGGACUCGAUCUGGACUCGGCCGUUAUGGUCCGAUCAGGUAUCGGAUAAAUAAUAAAUGUAUAUAACACACAGGACACACAACAGUUUUUCUGAGGUGCGGGAUUUGCUCAGGGACGUCCAGUCAGCGCGAACCAUGAAGUCAGUCCCAGGAAGGAGCGUAGUGCUGGCAUGUCCUUCGGUGCAGGUGCUUCUGCGAUAGCAGUGAGAUGAUCCGAGCUAGGGCGUAAGCCGUCUUUGGAAAUGACAUGGCCAAGGAAAGUAAUGUCUGUUUGGGCAAAUGCACUUUUCCCGAGUUGAUCUGCAGUCCAGCCUCACUUAGGUGCUUGAGGACUGCUUGUAGAUGGCGGUCAUGUUCUUCUUUUGAGGCUCCAUAGACAACAAUGUCAUCCAAGUAGUUCUGUACGCCUGGCAAGUCCUUUAAUAUGGUCUCCAUCAUCUUUUGAAAAGCAGAUGGUGCAGAUGCGAAACCAAAUGGAACAUGUGUGAAAUGGAAUAAGCCGUCGUGAGUUAUGAAAGCAGUUAGUCUGCGACUUUCCGGGUGUAGAGGUAACUGGUGGUAUGCUGAGCUUCAGUCGAUCUGGCUGUAGUGAGUGGUACCAGACAGUUCUGCAAAGAGAUCCUCCAUAUGAGGAAGUUGGUAACAGUCCAUUACGACACUUUUAUUUGGUUCAUGCAGGUCAACACAUAAGCGUAGCCCCCCGUCUGCGUUUCCUUCCCACAACCAGAGGACUCACCCACUCCGAAGCAUCCACUCUUUCAAUGAUGUCUGCUUGCAGUAGUCGAGCCAGUUCAGCUGACACUUCCUUACGUAUGCUGAGCGGUGGAUGUCGUAGUUUCUGGCGUACUGGUCUGAUUUUGUUGUUGACUUGCACUUUGUGAAUGAAUCCUUUGACACAUCCAAGUGUUUGAGUUGGAGUAUAGUCAAUGUUGUGCACUGUGCCAAGCUCAACAGCAGAUGGUGUGUUUGCCUUGUCCACAUCAAGGAGUACUUUGCCAUCAAUGAUGUUGACCCCCAGGGUUUUAAUCAGGUCCAAACCCAGCAAGGGAGAUCCAGCUUUCACAAUAUAGAAAGUCUUUUCUCGUUUAGUCGUAAUUUCUGCAUGGAGACAGCCCAGGACAGGUAAGUGACCCUUGGAAUAAGUGACUAGCUUUGAGGCUCUUGGAGUGUGCAGUUAGCAAAAUGUUUCUUGUACAAUGUCUCUGAUAAGAUGGACACAGAAGCUCCAGUGUCCACUAUUAGUUCAACUGGAUGUUCAUUCCCUUUUGGUGCCUCAAUAUUCACUGCGCACGUGAGCUUAUCAAAUGCUGCAGCUGCCAACUUAACAUUAUCAACACAAAGAAUGGCUAACUCAGGCACGACAACUUCUUGUAUUUGGUUUACAGAUUUAGCACCUGAUCUGCAUACCUUGGCAAAAUGUCCUCUUUUCCCACAGUUAUUACACUGUACUGAAGCAGCUGGGCAGUUUCUGUCAGUGGCAAUAUGUUUGUUUGAUCCACAUCUAAAGCAUUUGCGUUGUUGCUUGUUAGCUGUUGUAGCUUGCUUGUUACAGUCAUGAGCACUGGACUUGGUGGGACAUGAAUCUCUUUUCCCUCGAAAACUUGAGCGGGACGGACCGAUUGCCUGUACUGGCGCCGUGGGUGCUUGUCUGUUAGCUGUUAGCAGAGUAGCGUUUUUCACCGCAGCCUCAACUUGUGUAGCAAUAGUUACUGCUUUGUCCAAAGUCAGUUCGUUUUCAAGGAGGAGUUUAUCUCGCACAGCACUGAGAUGUGUAUUUGAAAUGAGCUGAUCUCUUAUCAUCUCACCCUCCAUCGCUCCACACUCGCAUGAUGCAGCCAAGUCUCUUAGCGCAGCCACG